CUCUUUGCUUAAUGGGUGCUCUUAAUUAUCUUUCCAACUUUUGCACUGUCACUAGAACAAGGACCAAGAGGAAAACAAUGCAGAAUAGGUGCAGAUGCCAUAGCUAGUUUCCUCUGAGGAGUUGUUUGCUGAAACAUGGAUUAUGUUUUCCCAUUGAUUCCCAGAAAGUUGAGAUCAAAGUCAAAAUGGAUUGUGAUGGCUGUGAAAGAAAAGUUAAGAAGGCUGUUUCGACUAUGAAAGGUGUAGAAAGUGUGGAGGUGAACCGAAAACAAAGUCGGGUAAUUGUAAACGGGUAUGUGGAAGCAAACAGGGUUUUGAAGAGAGUUAAGAGCACGGGCAAAAGAGCUGAAAUUUGGCCAUACAUCCCUCAACAUGUUGUCCAUUAUCCACACGCCUCCGGAGCCUACGACAAAAGGGCACCACCAGGUCACGUUAAGAAUACAUUUGCUUUUCCGGCCUCUGAUGCAUCUGACAACAACAUUGUCUCAUUUUUCAGUGAUGACAAUGUAAAUGCUUGUUCUAUAAUGUAGAAUCUUACAAAAUCAAUCAACUUGCCUUUAAUUUCCUUCUUAAUCAAUAAUACCAUAGUUGACUACUUGAUUCCAGAGUUUGAAUAAAUCAAAUUCUAAAUGUCAAUGGACAUCAAAUGUUUGGCUCAAUU